AUGGGAAAGGAAAAAUCUAAGAAACGAAGAAGAUCAAGUUGCUCAAGUUCUAGUAGUUCUGAUUCUGAUGCGUCCAGAGAAAAAAAGAAACUCCGCAAGUUGAAGAAAAAAUUAAAAAAGGAAAAGAAGAAGACUGAAAAAGCGUUGAAGAAGAAAUUAAAAGAGGAAAAGAAAAAGCUUAAAAAGAAGCAGAGGAGUAAGAGUACAAGUCGUAGUCGUGAUGGUAGUAACGCGAAAGAAGUAGCCGUCUCCACAGACAUUCCCCUCGAACUUAUGGAAAAAUCCAAAGCCAUGGCCCCUAUGACCAAAGAAGAAUGGGAGAAAAGACAAAGUGUAGUUAGAAAAGUUCUAGAUGAGGAGACAGGGAGAUACAGGUUAAUUAAAGGUGAUGGAGAGGUGUUAGAAGAGAUUGUGUCCCGUGACAGGCAUAAGCAGAUCAACAGGCAGGCAACACAGGCUGAUGGAGCAUUCUUUCAGUUACAAACUGUUGAGAAAAAGAUGCUAUAG